UGGAUGGCAAAGGGUGGAUAUGAGGGUUUCAUUGACCGAAUGGUGCUUCUCUGACUCGUGCUAGCAUCCCUUGCCCAGGAAGAAAGAUUGAUGUCUCAAAAAUAUCCCGUGGCACAACCCCGUUUCUUGACCCACCAGAUUCUCAAUCGACUCCAUAACCCGAGCCGACCAAUCACAUCUCGCGACAGCCUCCUCACUGGGCAAGCUCUUCUGCAACGAAAUACAUAUCGCCUUAUAUGACAUGGCCCUUUCGGCAUGGUUCAUAAAGCCUUGAGGGAGCAGAAAGAUUAGAGCUGCCACCUCUAGCUGUCUAUCUGCGAGCCAACGGUACAUCAUUCCAAGUCCUCAGACCGGAGCACGAUCGUUACGUCGAGCUCCCGAUACCGAGAGAAAAGCCUCGAUUUCGGAUCCCAAUUGUCCAGAUCGCUUAGCCAAGAUGAUAUCCUACGAAGGAAUCAUCGCCAUAUGCAUCUUUGGCGCCGCCGCGCUCGUCACGAUGGGAUACGUAGUCCACAGACUGUUAAGCAAAGCAAGCAACGCCGGCGACCCAUUCACCCCGUCCGACCAGCAGAGGCAGUACAUGCGAGAGGUGCGGGAGAGGAAUAUAAUGGAUGCGCUGGGGAAUACCAGGCCGCAGCGGCGACAUCAUGCGGCGGAUAUGUGA